AUGGCUGCUCGCACCUCUGGCCAGUUCCACUACGUACGGUACAACGUCGGGGGGCCCGCCAUCUACCACGAGUGGCUCACGUUGCUGCCAGGGUACAUCCUCACCCCCGACGAUGACGACUACGCGGAGAGCGACCUGGCUGGCGGCGACUUGAGAUCAGUGCAUGACUCGGCGGGCCAGGGCGACGCAAUCGUCGGAGUCGCCGCCCAUAGACUCUACAAGUUCAGACGGCUGCCGUCCGCAGCCGUCGUCUGGGCUGCUGUGCGCCGCGGCGUCGCUCAAGGCCACGGACCUUUGCCGCCGUCGCCCUUCAACCUCGAGCUCAGCGCCGACAACGUGCUGGGCGUGGCGGCGGGGGCGCUGGCCUUGCCCGACCCGCUCGGAGCGGCGCCCGCUGCCGCAGCGCCUGGCGCCCUGGCCUUGGCGGGCGCGGCCGUGCCCCCCGCGGGUGCCCCUGGGCCGCCCGCCGCCGUGGCCGCGGAGCCCGAGGGCGGGGUGGGCGCGCUGGCGGCGGCGCUCGGCGUCGCGGGACCUGAUCCCCGCGUGAUGGCCACCGUGCUCGACGCUCGUGGGCUGCGGGACAUGCCCUUCAGUGACGCCGUGAAGCGCCAGACCGAGACCGCCCGCGCCGACUGGCCCGCGAGGGGCCCUAGGACCACGACGUGGGUGCUCCACUUCAUGCUGCGCAUGGCGGGCGGGGCGAUGGCGUGGCACAACCGCUGGAUGGCCAUGAUGCAGGCCCUGGAGACGGACGACACCGCCAAGCUCCACGAGACGCUGUGCCGCGCUAGGAUCCACUAA